AUGACACUGUCUGCAUUUGUUCCGAAGUUCCAUCUCCCAGCUCAUCAAGAGGAAUGCCAUGCGCCAUACUCUUUCAACUUUGCAAAGUGGUGUGAGCAGACAGACAGCGAGGGCGUUGAGCGCAACUGGGCUGCACUGAAUCCUGUAGCUCCCAGCAUGAAGGAGAUGGGUCCGGGCCACAGAUGGGAGAUGAUUGACGACAUCUGCGGCUUCCGUAACUGGAGGAAGACGGUCGAAGUCGGCAAUGCGUUGCUGCGUCGGAUGCUGGAGGCUAUCCCUGAGGCUGUCGUGCACUACGAGGAUUUUGCAAAGUUCACAAGUGGAUUGCGAGUGCAGCGUCCUGCUGAUGUCGUGGCAUGGGGGGUCAUGGUUGAGGAAUGGGAGGCAGACAUAUCGAAGCCUAACCCAUACGCGUUGCCCAAGAGCAAGAUCACGCUCGCCGACGUUCAUUUGAAAUUGGCCAAAGAAGAGCAGGCUAGGAUCCAGGAAGGCCGAGACAUGCAAUCGCCGGACGUUAGUCCGAGCUCAUUUUUGCUGUUAGGUAUGGAGCUCGAGAAGCAGCAAUGCAGCCUUCGUCGCCUCGUGCAUGGUGAACUGACCACACAUCAGGAUGCUACGCUGCAAGAGCAGCGUGCAGCUCUUCUCAAGAAGAUCUUACGGUUUCAAGAGACGAAGAAUGUCAAAGGACAGCGGCCGAACACCCGGGCUCGUGCAGCUCAAUCCAGCAUGGAUGCGCGCGUACGAGCAGCCACGUUGCGGUAUCGCCACGCGCGUUCCACAUUGCUCUCUCUGCACAGGCAUGGUCCUUGGGAGGAUACUUUACAGGAGCUCAAUGACGCAGAUGUGCGGGGUCUGGGGGAGCAUGCUUUGAUGAAUGAAGAGAGGGCAGAGCAAGAACAGAUACGCGAACUUAGCGGCUCCUCAUUGAACAGCUUCAGCAUCGGGCACACGGGGGUGGUCGCAGUUGGAGAGGGCCGCCGCAUGCUUUCUUGGCUGUGGUAUGAUGUGGCGAAUGAAGGCGGAGAGGCCGGGUUGGCUGACUCUUUGAGAGUGGAAUGGGUAAAGGUGAGGGCUCGUGCAGCAAGAUGGCAUAAGGAGGUCCAUUUACUCAAUGAGGAGAUGCGCCGUGUCAUGGAGUAUAGCCGCUGGCAGGCUGCCAUCUGGAACGGAAGAUGCGAUCAUCUCAACAGUGGGAUGGAUGCGAGUCUCAUCGAAGGUCUUCAGGCAUAUGCAGCUGAGCAUGCUGCAAUGGAAAGGGAGCUUGCGGCAUCUUUCGAGGCAAAGUGGUCGGUCGUCAGGCAGCAUGCACAAGUCAUCCUCCAGCAACUCGACACUGCACUUCGGGAACUCAAUACCAACCUUGGUGCAGGGCGUCCUGAUGGGGAGGAAACCCUUGAGUUGGCUGUGGAAUCUGCCUUCGAUGCAGUUGAAGUAGACAUCGAUCUCGGACUGGAUAAAGAUCUCGAGAAUGAUGUCGACCCCGUCUAA